AUGGAAAUGCUAGUUACAUAUAUUGAAUAUGUCAAGGCGUAUCUACGAAAACAAGGAAUAAAAGAUAUCCCUGUAGGCACCUCAGAAAUUGGGUCGAAAUGGACACAUGAUCUGGCGAAGCAUGUCGACAUCUUGGCAGCCAACAUACACCCGUUUUUUGGAGGGGUCAACGUCCAGAAUUCUACCAAGUGGACUUAUGACUUCCUUCUCCGACAAGUAGCGGGUAGAAUAAGUCCAGCAAAUGUGAUGUACAUUAUAUCGGAAGUUGGUUGGCCAAGCGGAGGAGGUGCUCUACAUGAGGCAGUUGCAGGAGAAAAAGAGAUGCAGAUGUUUUUGGACAACUGGUUGUGCACGAAUCAGGAUACUGAUGUCGGUUGGUAUUGGUAUGAAGCAUUUGAUCAACCUUGGAAGGAUAAAUGGAAUACAGAAAGCUUUCAGUGGGAGUCUCAAUGGGGACUGUUCACCGCAGAUAGGAAACUGAAGAACAUUACUAUUCCCCUGUGUUCACAGAAUACCAGCUAG